ACCUGAGAGAAAGAUCUGAGAGUCACUGUUGGUGCUGUCUGUUUAGGAUGAAGUGGGCUUUGGGCUCCAUUUUUGGUUCAUAUUGUUGGUUUUCCUUCAGGUUAAUUGAACCAUCAAUAAGGUGGAGAUUUUUCAGUGUGAUGGGGGAAAUGUAAACAUUCUCUUGGAUCAUUCAUGAGUAUUUUGAGUAAGCAAAUAUUCCAGAUAUUAUAGUUUGUUUCAGUCUCUCAGGAAUUGGCUUCAUGAAAAUCUAAUGUUAAAUGAAAUAACAGUAUGGGGACAAUAUAGAGAAAAUGCUUUAAAUAAAAGAUGUGUCUGGGCAGCACUAAUUUGGGUAAUAAAAGAUUAAAAUAGGAGGGGGAAGGGAUAGAUGACAUUUUCUUGGGUUAAAAACUCUCCCUUAUGGUAAUGAUGAAGGGCUUUUCCCAGCACCUGUCUUCUAGUGGGAAGGGCUUCCUUAGAUAAGACAGGGAAUAAGACUUAUCCAGACUGAAUGAAUAACAGUCUGCUGUUAUUCUCUGCUCGUAAUUCUACGUAUUAAUAGUGUUAUAGUCAAAGGAAUUGUAGAGGAUUGAUUCAGUUUUCCUUUCCACAAUAGCAAUUCUACAAAAUUAUAUUGCCUGGGGCAGUACUACAUGGAGCCGUGCUAUCCUUCUCUGGAUCAGUUGUCCAUGGGGGUUGUCUCUUCAAUAGUAUAAGUUAAAACCUAUUGGUAUUUUCUUAUUCUGUGCAAUGUCUGUCUCCAAAAAUAUCAUUCCAUUGAAUAUCAUCCUAAUAUGCUGGUACCCAUCCUUUGUUCCUGGAGAAUGAUAUAGAGUUCUUACCCAGAUGUAUCCCCCAAAUCAGUCAUUUGAAGUAUAAUUCACCAAUUCCAGCAUCCUAUGUGAUACCUGAAAUAACUCUGAAAUCAUGUUUUUAAGGUCCUCUCCACUGAACUGCAUUUUCAUGUGCAGUGUUAAGAUCCUGUUGGGUUGGGGUUCCCUUGUUUUGAAACAUGGAUGUCCUACCUGGGAAGUAUUAUGACUUCCCACUUAUUCUUUCCCUAGACAUUGAUGAGGGUCUUUUGUAUUUGAUAUUAAAAAUAUAACCUUUGUCCUAAAGUCCAGGGUACCAGAUUUUAACUCACCGGGAGAAUCCCAUAACCAAUGGACUUUGGAACUGAGGUUACAUUAAAGUUACAGAUUCUUUGGACUUAAAGUCAGAAUGAAGCUUAAAAAUCACUCUUAUAAGGCUAUAAUUUUCCUCUGUUAAUUGAUCAAUCAUAAUCAUUUUAGCACUAGGAGUAGGGGAUGGGGUGGAAACAGAGAUGAGAUCUGUCUUUUAACAGCUUCUCAUUGUGUCUCAUUGUGGUUGGAUUUCUCCCCUCUCUCCUUUAAAUGAAGAUGGGGGAGAUCUCACAGGGAGAAUGACUUCUCUAUCCUUUAGGAAGAGCUCUGCCCAGCAAAUUGCUACUAAAACUUCAUGGAGAAAGAGGAGAGAGGGGGAAGAAGGAGGAGGGAGAGGAGGAGGAACAGAGAGGGAGGGAUCAAGUAGAAAGCAGGCAAGCCAACCUGAGUAAACAGCAGUUUGAGUGUUCCCCAGGCCAAGAUGCUGAGAGGGUUUGUUCUUAGAGGUGGUCCAAGGAUCCCAGCAUCUAGUAUUGGCUCCCAGUUUCCAAAAUCUUCUUAUGUCUCUUGCUUUUGCCUCUUGCUCUUCCUAAGCCAGGCUGCCUUUCUUCAGGGACAUCCACAGUGCCUGGAUUAUGGGCCCCCCUUCAAACCUCCUGUGCACCUAGAGUUCUGCUCUUAUUAUGAAACGUUUGGUUGCUGUGAUCAGAGCAAGGACAACCGCAUUGCUGCCCGCUAUUUGGACAUCAUGGAGUACUUCGACCUGAAAGGCCAUGAGCUGUGUGGUGGUUAUAUCAAGGAUAUCCUGUGCCAGGAGUGCUCUCCCUAUGCGGCUCAUCUCUAUGAUGCUGAAAACCCUCAGACACCCCUCCGGAAUCUCCCAGGCCUUUGCUCCGAUUACUGCUCAGCAUUCCAUUCCAAUUGCCAUUCUGCCAUCUCUCUGCUGACUAAUGAACACCAUAUCCAGGAGUCCCAGUUGAAGGAUGGAGCUCACUUCUGUCACUACCUCAAUCUCCCAGACCAGGAUUACUGUUUUCCCAAUGUGCUAAGGAAUGACAAUCUUAAUCGCAAUCUUGGAGUUGUGGUGGAGGAUCGAAAGGGCUGUUUGCAGCUCUGUCUGACUGAGGUGGCCAAUGGGCUGAGGAACCCAGUCUCCAUGGUCCAUGCUGGGGAUGGUACCCAUCGCCUCUUUGUUGCUGAACAGAUCGGUGUGGUAUGGGUCUAUCUGCCAGAUGGGAGCCGUUUAGAAGAACCUUUUCUGGACCUUAAGAGCUUGGUGUUGACAACCCCAUGGAUAGGUGAUGAGAGAGGCUUCUUGGGCUUAGCUUUCCACCCCAAAUUCCAACAUAAUCUCAAGUUCUAUAUUUAUUACUCAUGCCUGGGCAAGAAGAAGGCAGAGAAAAUUCGUAUCAGUGAGAUGAAGGUUUCCCGGGCUGAUAGUAAUAAGGCUGAUCUAAAAUCAGAAAGGGUCAUCCUGGAGUUAGAAGAGCCAGCCUCCAAUCAUAAUGGGGGGCAACUCCUUUUUGGCCUUGAUGGUUAUCUGUAUAUAUUCACUGGAGACGGUGGACAAGCUGGAGAUCCCUUUGGCAAAUUUGGAAAUGCUCAGAACAAGAGUUCACUGCUGGGGAAAGUGUUGAGGAUAGAUGUGAACUGGAGAGGCUCAGAUAACAAGCGUUAUCGAAUCCCACCAGAUAACCCCUUUGUCGCUGAGCCAGGGGCUCAUCCCGCAAUCUAUGCCUAUGGAGUCAGGAACAUGUGGCGCUGUGCGGUCGAUCGGGGUGACCCCACCACCCAGAAGGGCCGAGGCCGGAUAUUCUGCGGUGAUGUGGGUCAGAACAGGUUUGAAGAAGUAGACCUCAUUGUGAAAGGAGGGAACUAUGGCUGGAGAGCUAAGGAGGGGUUUGAGUGCUACGACAUUAAACUCUGUCAUAAUGCCUCAUUAGAUGACAUCCUGCCAAUCUAUGCUUAUGACCAUUUGGUGGGAAAGUCAGUUACUGGAGGAUAUGUUUAUCGGGGCUGUGAAUCUCCAAACCUAAAUGGCCUCUACAUCUUUGGGGACUUUAUGAGUGGUCGACUUAUGGCUUUACAGGAAGAUGAGAGAACAAAUACAUGGAAAAAACAAGACAUUUGCAUUGGAAACACUAAAGCCUGUGCCUUCCCAGGAUUGAUAAGCACCUACAGCAAGUUCAUUAUCUCCUUUGCUGAAGAUGAAGCAGGAGAGCUGUAUUUUCUGGCCACCUCUUAUCCAAGUGCCUAUGCACCACAUGGAUCAAUCUACAAAUUUGUUGACCCUUCAAGGCGAGCACCCCCAGGCAAGUGCAGAUACAAACCAGCACCUGUCAAAACCAAGGGCAAGCGGAUCCCCUUCAGACCACUUGCCAAGACUGUCCUGGAGCUACUAAAAGAAAGGUCAGAGAAAGCUGCUAGAAAAUUGUCCAAAGCAACCUCAGCUUCCAGGACUCGAAGCAGAGGCUCUUCUCAGAAGGCCUCCUCUAAGAAGCCAACUUCCCCUGAAAACACAAAAAAGAUACUUGCCAAAUCCAGGCCCAGGCUCAGGAAGAAGACUCCCCGAAUGUUUGGUAAGCGCCAAGCAAAAGCCAGAAGAUUGUCUGUGAAGCCUCAGGAGAAGAGAAUCUGGGCCUUAAAGCCCAGCAGCACCAGAACCAAGGGCAGCCAUUAGCAAGGAAGGGUUGGUAGGAGUCUUCUCUCUGCCUUUUUUUGUUCCAGUGGUCAGCAGAGGAGAAUGACUGAAGAAGAACGGGCCCUAUUUCAGAAGCUCCGAUUUGGUUCCAACCCCAACCCCAGCUUGAGAAGUUAUAGUGUGAAUCAUUACUAGAGAGCUAGGACUAAAAUCAGAGCUAGUAUGGUUUUCCUCUUCAUGUGAGAGUCCUUAUCCAUCAAAGAGUACAGUACUGGUGGUGAUUUUGCUGCUAGCACAUAAGGAUGGCCAUGCAUGAUGCUGCUUUUCUGGAAUCCCAGUUCGCAUCACUGGUUUUGUUUCAAAACUCCCAAUAAUUUUACAAUGUAAGCCCCUUGAGGGCAGGAGCUAUUUCAUUUUUGUCUUAUAUGUUUAGCAUAUUAAGGGCAUGCAAUAAAUGAAUUAAUUGACUCAAAAUGGCCAGGCAAAUAUCAAGGUAAUAUAAGUUCCUUGAAGAUAGGAUUUGUUUAAUUUUUGCCUCUACAUCCCUAGUACCCAGCACAGUGUCUGGCAUAUAACUAGAUGCUUAAUAAGUUUUUGUUGAAUUGAACUGGUAAAUAAAGCAGCAUUUCCUCAAA